AUGUUUUUCAAGCCUGGUCUCCCGUCAUCCUCUUGCUUGUUCGCUGAGAAACGAAACAGUUAUCUUCCUCCAAAGGUUGCUGUUCCGGAUGAAGUUGGCGAACGGAAGCUCACGGGAGCAGAGAUCGUCCAUAUUACGUCAGAGAAAGUACCAUUGAUAAAGCAACGGUUAACUACUGCUUCCAGUCGACAGAAAAGUUACGCGGAUCCCAAGAGAAAAGAUAUCGAAUUUCAAAUCGGAGAUUACGUGUUUCUCAAAGUAUCACUGAUGAAGGGAGUUAUUCGUUUUGGAAUGAAAGGCAAGUUGGCUCCGAGACAUGUCAGACCAUAUCAGAUUGUAGAACGUAUAGGCUCAGUCGCCUAUAAGUUAGACUUGCCAUCGGAGAUGUCGCAAGUUCAUCCUGUCUUUCAUAUUUCCAUGUUUCGGAAAUAUGUAGCAGACCCUUCUCGAGUAAUUCAACCGCAAGUGGUGGAUGUGAGCAAAGAAUUGACUUACGAAGAACGGCCAGUGCAGAUUGUCGACACGCAGAUACGACAACUGCGGACGAAGAGAAUUCCGAUGGUGAAAGUUCUAUGGAGGAGUCAAUUCAUAGAAGAGUGCACGUGGGAGAUAUAG